CCGAACAAAGGGGAAACCUCCCUUCUCUCUAAAAAUUACUUCCGUCUAAAAAACCGCUUUUUCCCUCCAACAUCCCCCAAAAUUUCAAACCUCAACCUCCAACAAUCAAUCCAAAAUUUCAAAAAAACCUCCAACAAUCGAUUCAAAAUUCCACCAAAAAUUGAAUUUAUGAAAUGCCCAUCCGCUCCUCAGUCUCCAUUAUGAUAUCCCUCCUCUCCUCUUCACUCCCCUUUCACCAUCGCCAACCCUUUCGUCUCUCCUGUGACCCUCGUUAUUUAACAAAGCCCCGCUUUAGUCUUCCCAUAAAGCUGAGAUCUUUGCACUCAACCGUCAGAUCCCACUUCAGUAUGCCCAUCAACGGAUUGGAUCGGUCAGGGGAAGCCCGGUGCUCGUCGGGCGAAAUUCACGUGAUCAUCGGCCCGAUGUUCGCCGGGAAGACCACGGCGCUGCUUCGCCGGGUCCAGGGUGAAGUUGACAUAGGAAGAAAAGUGGCGAUGAUAAAGUCUGAUAGGGACACACGAUAUGCAAUUGAUUCCAUAGUCACGCAUGAUGGCACGAGAAUGCGGUGCUUGGCUCUGAAUGAACUUUCGACAUUUAGAACAAAGCUUGGGGUUGAAGCAUAUGAUAAGCUUGAUGUAAUAGGGAUAGAUGAAGCCCAAUUCUUUGAAGAUCUUUAUGACUUCUGCUGUAAUGCAGCUGAUCGCGACGGAAAAACUGUUAUUGUUGCAGGCCUGGAUGGUGAUUACUUGAGGAAAAGGUUUGGUUCAGUGCUUGAUAUUGUUCCCUUAGCCGAGAGUGUGACUAAAUUGACUGCAAGAUGUGAGAUAUGUGGUCGUCCCGCCUACUUCACCUUAAGAAAGACAGAGCAAAAAGAAACAGAACUUAUCGGAGGAGCUGAUGUGUACAUGCCAGUAUGUAGACAACAUUAUGUGAAUGGGCAGGUGGUUAUAGAAACAGCAAGGCUCGUCUUGGAAUCUAAGAAGGAGAAGCUUGAAGUUUACUCCGAGGCAGGAUCUCCAUAAUCGACAACUUUUAUGUUAUUGUGUGAGUUAUUCACCGUGUUAUUGGUCCCUUUGUUAUAUCACGUAUGUACGUGUUGUUCUAUAUCUAUAGAACAUUAUAUGUUAUAUUUACGUCAUAAGAAUAUGCGAGUGUGCGUAAAAGGUUUAGUUCUCUUAAUAUUAUCUGUCUAUUUACCAUGAUCGCUUUGUUAAUAAAGCAAUUACUUGGCCA